CAAGGACUGGAAAUGGAAACUCCACCUCUUAAGGCGAGUCUUUAGAGAAAGUCAGAGCAAUUGAUAACACCCUUUGACAUGAGGAAGGACAGAAGACACAGCAGCUCUUUCGAAUAACGCACAACCUUCAAUGAAAAGACAGCGACAAUUACAUUUACGCCACCAGGAAGGAAGGAAUCACCUGCGGAGGAACUAAAGCAACUGUAAGAAAUUAAAGAGAACAUUCCUAGGUUGAAAGCGGGAGCUUGAAAAUCUCAGAAGAUGGCCUACAACCACACUGCCCUCUAUGUUUCCUCUCCUCUUCUAUCCUUUAACAUGUCAAAUCCACUUUUCUCCAAUACCACCAAUGGAACAGGCAGAGUUAUCGACUCAAUUAUGAGCAACAGUGGUGGAGCCGUCACUGGCGCUGCGAUCCUUGGCCUUGUGUUUCUCCUUGGUGUCCCUGGAAACAUCUUCAUCAUCUGGAGUAUCCUGGCUCGAGCUCGUCGGCGUUCCAUCACCACACUCCUUAUCCUAAACCUAGCCUUUGCCGAUGGAUUCCUCAUGCUUCUGACGCCUUUUUUCCUUGUUUACUUAAUUAAACGCAGCUGGAUUUUUGGCCUUGCACUGUGUAAAAUUCUGUUCUACCUCUGUUGUGCCAACAUGUAUGCUUCAGUAUUUUUGAUAAUGCUAAUGAGUCUGCACAGGCUGGUUGCUAUAGUGUGGCCAAAGCGUGUUGGUGCUUUAAGCAACCGCAGGACAGUCCUUAGGUUGCUAAUUGUAUUGUGGAUUCUUGCUCUGGGACUCUCUGUGCCCACUUUGUUUUUCAGGAUUAUAAGUGUUUCAGACAGUCAGAAAGUGUGCUAUUGUAAACACCAGAAAACACAAUAUGCGGUGUUGCAGUACUGUAUGGAAACUAUGCUCAGCUUCUUGCUGCCCUACGGGGUGAUCAUAAGUAGUUAUGUGUGUAUCCUGCGAAGAAUUCGCAAGACCAGGUUUCGUAGACGCAUCCGCAGUGAGAAACUCAUCCUGGUGAUUGUUGUCUCCUUCGGCCUUUUCUGGCUACCUUACCACGUCAUAAAUAUGGUGCAGGUCACUGCUUCUUUAUAUCCAGAAGAUUCGCUGACAAAAGUGAGACUGGAUAAUAUUUGGACAUCGUUCCGGGCCCUCACAUCUACUGUGGCGUUUGUCAGUAGCUGCAUAAACCCUGUUCUUUACACCUUUGCUGGAAAGUCAUAUAUUCGACGUGAAGGUCUCGCCUUCAUGGCACGGCUGUUUGAAGCCACGGGGCUGGAGUCAACAUUGAAGAUCCGGCGGAGCAAUCAGAACAGUCGAGAAAGAGAGAAAGAGACCGAUGAAAAAGAGAAUUUGAAAGACAAGGACAAGGAUUCCAAUAUCAGUGCUAAUGCCAACUUGAGUAUCAAAACUGUCCCACUUCAAAAUGGGAAGUGAGAACACAGCAUGACCUUGCUGUGGACUAUUGGUGGGAACAUUUUACGUACAUUGACAGUGUUAAUCCGGCUUCUGCUUUGAGUUCUUUCAGUGUGUUAUAUACAUUUGUAAAAGUUACUAAAUAAGUUAGAAGGAACAAUGCUGUAACGUUGUUUACAAGGACAACUUGUUCUUUUGUGAAAGAUGGCUCAAGAUAGUACAUCUUUGAGUUUUAGAAACAGCAUAAAUUAUUGUAAAGUUAGGAGACUAAUGCCAGACAAGGGUAGAACGACCAUUUAUUGAUUAUUAAAUUUAUUGACUAAUCGACUAAAUCAGGAAAAUGUUUUAAUAAUCACAACAGGGUAUGAGAAAUUCACAAGAACAAGAACACAUUAUGAACUAAUCUAAGGAUAUCUGAGGGUAAAUAGAAGACAUGGAAUAUAUUUUUUGAAUUAUUCAGAAUGAUCUUAUUCUAAACCAUGACUCACAUCUCUGCCCAGAAGAGGGGGAGAGGGGGCCACACAACAGAAGAAAGAGAAGAAAAUUAACCUUCCUUUUUAGACUUUCGAAAGAGGACAUCUGCCAUAAACUAAACAAUGGUUUGUAAAAUUUCAGAACUUGUGAUUGAAAAAGUAUACAAUUUGAUCAUGAUGACUGGCUUUUCAGAAUAAUUGACCCUGAUGGUUUACAAUCACAGAAAAAGACUGCACGCUGUAAAAAUCCAAAUCUUAGGUGCGAGGACGCGCCUUCCAGGAGGGGGGAGAUCUGUCAUGGUUUCCAUCGAUCCUUCACACUCCCGCUACCGCACCUGUGUCUCAUCUGCAAUCCCCGCACCUGGCAGUCAUCAGCCCCAUCACAAGGACACUAUAUAUAUCUACUCUACAUGUGUGAUGUUUCCUUGUCUCGUCUUAAAUGUAGGCCUAAUGAUAAUUGUUAUUAGUACUGGUGUAUCCUACCUCCGUGUGUGUCUAUUAAAAGUAUAUUGGACUUUA